AUGGGCUCAAUGAUAUUGACACUUCGCCAUGCUCUGUGGUCCUUGGCCUUGGUCGCCUCACUAUGUCGCGCCCAGUCGUCCAUCCCUAUUGCCACUGAGCCCAUCGUUGUUUCUGUGACAGUCCCGACGACAUCGUUAGUGACAAUCUACUCAGUGGUGACGUCCGCACCACCUGAUGCUGCCACUCCUCCCGCCGUAUCGACAGUAGUCACCACCAUCAAUGGCCGGGUCACCACCCUAACAGUCCAGGCCACGAGCACGGCCGCCGCCCCAACAGAGGUGAUUAUCCUUCGGACCGACACCAUCAUUUCUACCAUGACGUCCGAUGAAGUGGUCAUGAGCACGGUGGGAUACAACACCAUCUAUGGGCCAGCUCCUAUUGUGACCACGUCCACUCCUGUUCCUGAACCUGGUGCUGGAGCUUCGACACAAGAGACAUCGCCGCCAACAACUGCUUCCGCUCCUGCAGUGCCGACAGACCCUACUACGACUUCUGACAGUAAUCCAGGGGCUGCUUCAACAAGCUCGACCGAUUCAUCAUCACCAUCCGGGACACAUGAUGCGUCCCUGUCGAAUGCUACGUCAUCUUCUCAAUCCUCAUCGGGUGGGCUCUCGACAGGGGCCAAGGCUGGCAUAGGCAUCGGUGUUGCCAUUGGGGUGAUUGCGUUGCUUGUUUUGUCCUUUUUGUUUGGUCUGCGAUACUCCCGACGGCGCAACUCAGGGCAGGUGGCCGGUACCAAGCACGCUUCAGAGGCCAGUCUGGGAGAGAAGGACACUUUCCAAGCAGGCCAGCCAUAUGAAUUCUCGGGCUCUCCACGACAACCCACGGAGGACUCGGUGGGCAAGAUGCAUCCUCAUUCCUUCAGCACCACCGAAGUGGGAAGUUCAAAAGGCUCCACGAGCAAGCGAUCCUAUGAAAUGUCCCCCAGCAAUAUGUCCAACUACCACGAUGCGUCAGAACUAUCAGCUCUGCCCCAAUUUGGCAAAGAUGACGAGCCGACAUAUGUUGGUGUGCCAGCGCAUAUGUCGGGCACCAAACGAUGGAGUAUGAAAGAAUAUGAAAGACAUUGA